AUGCGACUUGAGUCUGGGGGCGACUGGCUGAUUCGGGGGCGCCUUCCCAGGGCUGGACAGCACGCGCCGCACGAGCGCCCCAGACACCCGGGCACCUGCCUCCGGGCACCUCCAUCCCGGCGCCACCAGCACCCGGGCACCUGUCCCCCGGGCACCUCCAUCCCGGCGCCACCAGCACCCGGGCACCUGUCCCCCGGGCACCUCCAUCCCGGCGCCACCAGCACCCGCAGCGGAGCCCCCCGGGGGCGCGUGGAUGAGACUGCGAUGGAGCGCGGCGUGCUGCCUGGGCUCUCGCCCCCCGCGGCUCCCCCGGGGCCCCCCGCGCCCCCCGCGCCCCCCGCGCCCCUGCGCUGCAGCCGGCGGCGGCGGGGUCCCGGCGAAGGGGGCGCGGGGGGCGCGGCGGCCGUGGCGCGCAGGAACGAGCGUGAGCGCAACCGCGUGCGGCAGGUGAACCUGGGCUUCCAGGCGCUGCGCCAGCGCGUGCCCGCCGCGCCCCCCGCGCCCGCCGCGCCCCCCGCGCCCCCCGCCGCCCCCGGCGCCCCGCGCCGGCUGAGCAAGGUGGAGACCCUGCGGGCGGCCGCGCGCUACAUCCGGGCGCUGCAGGCGCUGCUGGCCGAGCAGGACGGGCUGCGCGCGCUGGGGGGGCUGCUGGCACCCCGGGGACCCGCCGCCGCCCCCGCCGCGCCCGCCGCGCCCGCCUCCGCCUCCCCGUGCUCCUCGUCCUCCUCGGAGGGCGCCUGCGAGCUGAGCCCGGCCGAGGGAGAACUGCUGGGGCUGUGCUGGCUGGACGGCUGCUGAGGGCCGGGCA